AUGGCCAGUAGAGAGAACCCCGAAAGCGAAAGUGAAGAGGAGGGUGAGCCAUCUGCUCUUGAUGACAUUGUUCCAAAGAAAGGACGUACCACGUCCAAUAUAUGGAAGUGGUUCGGAUAUCUUAAGUCCGACCAAGCGCAGUUAAGCCCAAAAUGCAGAAUAUGUCGCCGUGCAGUGCAGACAAAAACAGGAAACACUACUAAUUUGUUUCAUCAUUUGAAAAAAUAUCAUCCUGUCGAGUACACAGAGAGUGUAAACAUACGUUCAGGUGCCGCUAGCCAGCCGCUAAGCCAUGGCACUAGCCAGCCAUCGAGCAGCGGAGUAUCUCCAAAACAACAAUCAAUUGUGGCGACGUUUGCCUCAAUUACCCCUUACGAAACAAAAACGAAAAGGCACCAGGAGAUUACAAAAGCGGUCACCUAUUUCAUGGCUAAAGAUAUGAUGCCGCUUAGCACAGUGGAGAAAGAAGGGUUCAAGAACCUAGUGAAAGUACUUGACUCAAGGUAUCAACUACCCGGCAGAAAAUAUUUUUCACAGACUGCGCUGCCGCUGCUUUAUGAGGAAUGUCGAGCAAAAUUGGAAGCCGAGUUAAAACUUGUGAGACACUUUGCUACUACCGCUGAUAUGUGGUCAAGUCGAACAUCUGAACCGUACCUUAGCCUCACUGUGCAUUACAUCGACGAGGAGUGGAAUUUGCAAAACAGAUGUUUGCAAACGGCGUUUGUCCCUGAGGACCACACAGCAGAAAUAAUCUCCCACGCGCUCGAGGACGCACUCGCAUCGUGGGGUCUAAGAGAGGAACGACAGGUCUGCAUCACUACUGACAACGGAGCGAACAUUGCUAAGGCAGUCUCACUUAAAAAAUGGACUCGCCUGCAGUGCUUUGGACACCGGCUGCACCUAGCAAUUGAGAGAGGUGGGAGAGACAGCAGAAUACAAAGAGCCAUAGGUGUGUGUAAGAAGGUGGUCAGUGCCUUCUCUUUCUCAUGGAAAAAACAGAAAGCUCUAGCAGCUGCUCAAGAGGAACUCAAUUUGCCCAAGCACAAACUUGUCACAGAAUCCCCUACCAGGUGGGGAUCCCGUCAGAAAAUGGUAGGAAGACUUAUUGAGCAAGAGAAGGCUAUUGUAAAAGUCCUCUCUACUGAUAAGAAAACAAGGCACCUUGUACCCACCUGGCAAGAUGUGGACAUCCUAGAGUCUGUCCACAAGGCUUUGAGCCCGCUAGUGAGCUUCACAGAUGCACUCUCUGGAGAAACAUAUGUUAGUGUAUCCUAUGUGAAGCCUGUGUUGCACCUCCUCAAUGAGGACAUCCUGAAGCCAGAUGCAGACGACUCAGACCUCACAAAGAGCAUCAAGACUACGGUAAUCAGCUAUUUGAAUGAAAAAUAUGAUGAAGCUGCGACCGAUGACCUUCUGGACAUAGCAUCCCUACUUGAUCCUCGGUUCAAGACCCGUUACGUUAAAGAAGACAAGGUUAAUGGGAUAAAAGCUAGAGCCAUGGCUGAAAUGUUACAUGAAGGACUGAACAACCCAGAAGCUGAUAGCACUUUGAAAUCCACAGAAGAUGAAGGAGGAGAUGCUACACCAGCUAAAAAGCAGAAGAUGACACUGGGGAGUUUUUUCAAGAAGCCUCAUGCAGUCACAACAGCUGGCCUUACAGAACAAGAAGCUGCUGAAGCUGAAUUGAAUAACUACCUGUUAGCUCCUGAUGCUGAUAGAUAG